GCCGACGACCGGCAGAACGGGCCAACACCACGAGUCCGUCAGUACUAUGGGGCCACCGACCGAGCGUGGACCAUCGGUGCUCGUCACACCAUCGCUGUGCUAAAUACGAACUCUCGGGGUCAAGGAUGAUUUGAAGAUUUUCGCUACACCAUCGGUUUCAAGUCUCUAUGAACGCAAAUUGUACGCAUUAUUUGAUAAUCUACUGAUAAGGCUCAGUUAAUUUAUAUCCUCGAUUAGUGAGUCGCGGUUGUCCAUGAUGAUGAGCAGAUCGCAGUGAUGAUGAGACUUGGGUCCAAUCUUCGGAAUAAUGGCAAGAAGAAAAAAACUGAUGAAGCUCAUCCUCGGCCUCUUGAUGGGUUUUAUCUUCACGCAGAUGUUCACGAUCAGUAACAUGGCGAUGCAGGAUAUGUGCAUGUCCGGAAGUCGAAUGUCGCCGAUGGACCUCAUCAACGUCGAAAACGCCCGUGCCCAAAACAAGAACCUGCUCUUCGUGGGAAUAAUGACGGCAUCCAGAUACCUGGACACUCGCGCGAAGGCCGUGUACAACACCUGGGGUAGAGAAGUGCCGGGAAAGGUGAUGUUUUUCAGUUCGGAAUACUCGAUCAGUGAACACGUGCCCCUGGUGCCGCUUCCGGGCGUCGACGACACCUACCCACCACAAAAGAAAUCCUUCAUGAUGCUGAAGCACAUGUACGACAAUUACAUAGAUAAGUACGAGUGGUUUUUGCGGGCGGACGACGACGUUUACAUACGGACCGACCGUCUCGAGGAUCUUCUGCGUUCGGUGGACAGUUCGAAGCCGUGGUUUAUCGGACAAACGGGUCGCGGGAACCACGAGGAGUUCGGGCUGUUGUCCUUAGACAGUGACGAGAACUUUUGUAUGGGUGGAACCGGUGUGAUUUUCAGUCGGGAGACUCUGAAACGGAUGGCGCCGUACGUGGAGCAGUGUCUUCGGCAGCUCUACACGACACACGAAGACGUCGAGCUGGGAAGAUGUGUCAGACGUUUCGCCGGGAUUUCCUGCACGUGGUCCUACGAGAUGCAGACGAUCUUCUACAACAACCGGAGCGGCCCGGACGCCUUUACGGGCGAUUUGAAACAGAAGGAAGUUCAUAGAGCCAUCACGUUACAUCCUGUCAAACAUCCCAAGCACAUGCACAGGCUCCACAAGUAUGUCAAGGGAUUAAAAAUACAAGCGAACCUCCAAAAAAGCAUAGAAUUGCACAGGGACAUUGCAGUAUCUAUGCGAGAGCUCGGAUACCAAAAAGAUAGACUGGACACUGCCAUUUUAGUGAGAGAUUUACCGUUAUAUCCAGCCAAACGAGGAUCUGACAACUACCUUGGCGAUACUAAAAUAUUAGGAACGCCAAUAACAAUAAAUCGUUACACACCACACGAUCUCCAGAAUGUUUUAGAAUGGGAAUUAAUAUCAAAAGCUCUCUAUUCGCACAGAGAUUUGAGUCCGAAAAAAAGAAUUGGAUCGUCCAUGAAGGAAGGACUGAAUGACGUUACCAGAGAGAUAAUGGAUAUUGUGAAUUCAUACUCCAAACAACGAGGGAGAGUAAUCGAAUUUAAAGAAAUACUGUAUGGAUAUUGGAGGCUGGAUCCAACUCAUGGAGUUGACUUAAUACUCGAUUUAUUGCUCGUGUAUAAAAAAUACCGAGGACACAAAAUGACUGUUCAAGUGAGACGACACGCAUAUGUCCAACAAACAUUCUCAGAAAUAGCAAUUAGGGAAGUUUUACCGGAUCCAGUUGCUGAAUACGAAGAUCCCAAUUCAGUGCCGGUACACAAGAAAUUGGUCCAAGAUUUGUUCUCGAAAAUUAGCAAGAAUCUUCCUCCAAUUUUCAACUUCAUGAAUGAAACCAACAAAUCCGUAAUCAACUUCGUAAUGCCAUUAAAAGGUCGAUAUGCCACAUUUCGUAGAUUCAUUACCAUGUACUCCGAUGUUGUCUUAAAAGAAAAAGAGUUGGCCAAAUUGCAUAUUAUAUUGUACGAAGAUCCCGAAAUUCCUAGUGAUUAUAUUCGAAGUAAAUAUUUAAUAGAAAAAAUCAGAAGACAAUUUACUUAUAGAAGUAUAAACUUGAUAAUGCCAGAAGAAAGUUUUUCAAGAGGAAAGGCACUACAACAUGGCGUGGAUGCACUAGAAAAGGACGAUUUAAUGGUGUUCAUAGACGUAGACAUGAUAUUUGAUAAAUCAUACUUGGAUAGAGUUCGAUGGAACACCGUUAAAAACAAAUCUGUUUAUUAUCCGAUCGUGUACAGUUUAUAUGAUCCUGGACUGCUCAAUAAAUCGUACACGAACGCAGAAUUCUCGCUAUUUAAACGCGACAUGAUCGAUGACGUCAAUGGAUAUUGGAGAUUUUUCGGUUUUGGUAUAGUGAGUUUGUAUAAAAGUGACUAUUUAAAUUUAGGUGGCUUUAAUUUACAUCUGAAUGGGUGGGGUUACGAGGAUGUUAACUUUUUUGACAACACAAUUAAGUCAAAUUUGAGAAUAGUGAGAGCAGUGGAUCCUGCACUAAUACACGUGUUUCACGCAAAAAACUGCAAAGAUGCUGUGGACAGUGAUCAAAAGCUAAUGUGUUUGGGCACUAAGGCCAAUUCAUUGGGUUCUACAAAAACUCUCCAACAUGUUUUUAUGAAGUAUAGAAAAUAUUUUAGGUAACAUUUAGAUGGACACUAAAAUUUGUCUGUGAUUUACCGUGAAAUAAAUUAUUGUCAUUUGCUAUAUAUUUUUAUAUUAUGCCAAUUGUUAUAGUUGUAUAUUACACAUCAUAUUAUUGUAAACAACAUAACAAUUGACCUAUUUAUUUUUGUAUGUUUAGGUAUUUUUGUAUAUUGACACUUAUGUAGAGUUCCUCUAGGUUAAGAUAUUUUUAAAUAAUUAAGAAAGACGUCUCCUAUCACACGCUCAUUAUGUUGGAAUUUAUUAUGUAAAGAAUGUGUCAUUGUGGCACUAACAGACUAAACUGCCAUAAAACAAUGCAGAUGCAAACUGCAAAAUGUAAAUAAAUGUUAUG